AUGGCAGUCAUUGCAGGAAUCCCCUCUGAUUUCUUGGUGCAAGCUGGGGCACUGCUGGACCUCUACAGGAUGCCACAGCUCCACCCAUUCUUAAAAAAUGCUCAACUGAUAAACAGUGCUGGAGAACAUGUCUCCCUGAAUGAGAACAGAAACUGUGUGUCACGAUAUGAGAUUAUGAACUUUCUGAAUUUUCCUGGUGGUCUUCACCUACCCGUGAAAGUCGGAGAGUUCAUCCCCCAGGAUCCACGUGGACAAGGUUUGAUGAUCCAGGAGGAGCUGAUAGAAUGGCCUGUAGGAUUCACAGAGACGCCUCACUCUUGGUGUAGCAAUAGCUGUGACCCAGGAUUCAUGAAAAUCACUCAGAUGGGGAAGCCCAUUUGCUGUUUUGAGUGUAUUUCAUGUCCAGAGGGAGAAAUAUCUAAUAGAACAGAUAGUGAUACAUGUACGGAGUGCCCUCAAAGUCAGUAUCCCAACAUGGAAAGGAACCGCUGUCUGCCCAAAAUUGUGAGCUUCCUUGCUUAUGGAGAUCCCUUGGGGAUGGCUCUGGCCUGUACAGCUCUGGGCUUCUCUGUCAUCACUGCAGGGGUCUUGUGGGUCUUUGUGAAGCAUCGAGACUCCCCCAUAGUCAAGGCCAACAACCGGGCCCUCAGCUAUGUCCUGCUCCUCUCCCUCCUCCUCUGCUUCCUCUGCUCCUUACUCUUCAUUGGCCGCCCCAACACAGCCACCUGCAUCCUCCGGCAAAUCACCUUUGGAGUCGUGUUCACUGUGGCUGUUUCCACAGUUUUGGCCAAAACCCUGACUGUGAUCCUGGCAUUCAAGGCCUUGACACCUGGAAGAACCAUGAGGUGGUUGCUGCUGUCUGGGGCUUCUAAUGCUGUGGUUCCCAUCUGCUCUUCGAUCCAACUGAUUAUCUGUGGCAUCUGGCUGGGAACCUCUCCCCCUUUUGUGGACAUAGACACACACUCAGAGCCCAGAAACAUCAUCAUUGUGUGCAACAAGGGUUCAGCCACUGCUUUCUACUGUCUGCUGGGAUUCCUGGGCUUCUUGGCCCUGGGGACAUUUUUCCUGGCUUACCAGGCCAGGAACCUGCCUGACACCUUCAAUGAGGCCAAGUUCCUGACCUUCAGCAUGCUGGUGUUCUGCAGUGUCUGGGUGACCUUCCUCCCUGUCUACCACAGCACCCAGGGGAAGGAUGGUGGCUGUGGAGGUCUUCUCCAUCUUAGCUUCCAGUGUGGGGCUUCUAGGCUGCAUCUUUGCCCAAAAGUGCUAUGUUAUCUUCCUACAUCCAGAUAG